UGUGCAUGUGCGUAGCUACCUAAGCCAACUUAAGUAAUCUGUAAACAAUGUAGGCGGCGGAUGUAAAGGUAACAUUCACCCAAACAAUGAAGCCUCGACUUCACGUGACUCGCUAACCUGACGAUAUGACGCCUGCUCCGAAACGCCAGCGCCGCGCAGCGGCCGGGGAGAAUCCCGUGGAUGGAUCGGGUGGAGCGGAUAACGUCCCAGAUGAACCGGGGUUGCAAUCUCUCGGUGCGGGUAAUACCGGCUCGCUUUUCUCCGGGGAAGGGUCUGAAGUCAAUGGCGCGGGUAACAUGGCGCUUGAUCAACCUUUCAGCGAUUCGGACGAUGACGCUGACGACGUUCUGUCGCUCGGCGUGGUGCGCGGUAUUUUCGGUGUGGAUGACGUGGGACUAAGCGAUCCCACUGCUUGUUCGUCUACGUCGGUGCCCCCCGUUCUCAAUCCCUCUCCGCAAGGGGAGGGUAUUGCGGGCGAGAACGCCGGCGCAGCCGGUGAUUCGCCUUUUCCUGCAAAUGUUCCGGUGCAACACGAUAACACUUUACCGGCUCCGGACAUGGUCGACGAAC